AUUUGAAUAAACUGUCAUCGGUUAUCGCGUCGUUUUGGAAAUCUAACGAUGUAAAUAUGUUGCUUAACCACUUCUUGACUGUAAAUAAACAACCAAGGAUAUAUUUUGAUACAAAUCGGACCAGAUAAAAAUUAUUUUAUAAUAGAAGUUAUAAAAGAAAUCAAAUAUGAAUUCUUUAAACUCUUUCGGUGAGAGAAUAGAGGAUUAUGAAGUGCAUAAUUUAUUGGGGAAAGGAGGCUUUGCCUCUGUUUACCAAGCACGUUGUUAUAAAACUCAUAUUGAUGUAGCUAUUAAAAUGAUUGAUAAAAAGAUGAUGCAAGCUGCCAGUAUGGUCAACAGGGUCAGGCAAGAAGUUGCAAUUCAUUCCAGAUUGAAACAUCCUUCAAUUUUGGAACUGUAUACUUUUUUUGAAGAUGCCAAUUACGUUUAUUUGGUACUGGAACUGUGUCAUAAUGGGGAAUUGCAGUAUUAUGUUAAAAAAAGGGUUUUGACUGAGGGUGAAGCAGGAAAUAUUAUGAAACAAGUUGUUGAAGGAAUGAAAUAUUUACAUUCACAUAACAUACUACAUAGAGAUAUUUCUUUGUCCAACUUAUUGUUGACUAGAGAUAUGCAAGUGAAAAUUGCUGAUUUCGGUCUAGCGACACAACUCACAAGGGCUGACGAAAAACAUAUGACAAUGUGUGGCACUCCAAACUUCAUUUCUCCAGAGGUGGCAUCUAGGGGUUCACACGGACUAGAGGCUGAUGUCUGGGGACUGGGAUGUUUGUUGUAUACCCUACUUGUGGGUAAGCCGCCAUUCGAUACACAGGGCGUUAAGAGUACUCUAACUAGAGUAGUGAUGGCUAAUUAUGAAAUACCUUGUCACUUGUCACCUGAGGCGAAAGAUUUGAUUCAAAAUUUACUACAGAAGAACCCCAAAGAUCGCAUGAAGCUCGAUCAAAUACUGGAACAUCCUUUCAUCAGGAGGGGGCAUGUCAUGUCUUCGCAUAUAACCAACGAUAGUGGUAUUCACACGAUGUCCAGCCGAAGAGACAGUGCAUUCAGUGACAGCAUCAUCCCACAAGCAUUUGGUCCACCUGUUUUUCAAUCUAGGCGGGCUAAUAGUGAUUGUGCCCCAUCGGCUCACCUUCCCGUCAGAAGGUUAACACACAGCAUGGACCACGUCAACAACGCCAUGCAGAACUUCGAUCUGGGACCUUCCACUGACCUCCAAACUUGCACACCUCCUUACAUCAGCGGAGACAGGGGAUCUUGCCACAAUAACUGCCAUUCCCAGCCUUAUGACAGGAACAGCCGUUGCAGUUACCAAGAAUCGACGCAUCUAUCCUGUCACAAGUCCAACCCUUGCAACGGCCUGGCCAACCAUUACCAGCCUUCGGAUCCCGGAGGGCCGGGAAUGGUGUUGGGAGGUCUAACUUCUUCCAACAGAUGUUCCCCGAUGAGUUCACAUUGUACCGACGUUUACAACUUGCCCAGAUCUUGCCAGGGCCCCAACAUAAACGACAAUUAUAACCAGAGAGUGUUAACGCCCUCCGACAGUGGAAACUCUGGGCUGAAAUCUUCUAAGGCUGAAGAACGAGGCGCUUCAAGAUCGGACAGGCCCUUGCCGUUGUGUUCCCUACGCUUACAACCGACAAGACACCAGACAAAGAACGCAAUACUCAGCAUCCUCGAAGAUGGCGAGGUAUGCGUGGAGUUCAUCAAGAAACGGGGUUCGCUGAAAAGGGAGAUGGUCUGCGAGAUAUUGAGGAUCUCUCCGGAUGGAGCGAGGAUAGUCAUAUACGAACCGGAGGGAGGAAAGGGGGCCCCGCCGUCCGCAUCUCCGGCACCGUUGCCUAAACUGGGGGCGGAUUACAUCUUCAGCAUAGAGAAUUUACCGGAGAAGCACUGGAAGAAGUACACGUACGCUUACAAGUUCGUCGAUCUGGUCAAAGCCAAAACCCCCAAAAUAACGUACUAUUGCGAAAGGGCCAAGAGUUUGCUCAUGGAGAAUCUCACGGAUUUCGAGAUCCAUUUUCAUGACGGAGGAAAAGUGGUUCAGUCGACAGCAGAAGGAAUAGCAGUAACGGAUCGAUCGGGCAAAACAUUCUCUUUCAAAAGAUCUGAGGAAUGUUCAAAUCUGUCUGGAACUUUAGAGUUCAUGUGGAAACAUGCGGUCAAAAUGAAGAAACAUUGUCUCUUAUUGGAAGAAUCUCUGUCCAGGCUACCCGGGACCAAUUUUCCAAUAAUUGUUGGUAGAAGACCGUCUUCUAUUGCAUCAAGUGGUAAAGAGAACUCUCCUAUUGUUACACCAUCUUUUGCACUAUCUAUCAAUUCAACGAAUGCAACGAGCGAAGGGACUUCCGGUUUGGGAAACAGUAAAUUGAAAGAGAAGCAAGUUACAGUGCCAGGUGUGGGAUCAGCGGUACAGUUGGCGAACGGAGAGGUGAAAGUGAAAUAUUUGGAUGGUUCGCAAAUCUACGUUGACGGUAAAAACCAGAUAAGGUAUCAGAGUGUGGAUGGGCAAGUGGCAAGGUUUACAGAAAAUGAUAAAAUACCUCGUCCGAUAAUGGACAAACUACAACAUAUGCCGAAAGUAUUAAAACAUUUAAUGUCUCCGGAUGUCGGUCGAAGGACACAUUCUUUUAGAUAGCGGAUAAGUUUAUAUCGAGAUUUGUAGAUUCAUUGAAAUAUAAGUAUAAUAAAAUUGUAUAUAGUUGUACCAUUGAAGAUAUAAACAGAGUUUUCCA